GCUCCUCGUCGCCGAGCUAGACAAUGUAACCAUGAGUGAUGAUGAGGACCCCAAGCUUUUCUUCUCGCGCGUCGCACAACUGGAGACCAAGUUACGGGCUGUGGGCAUUGCUAAGAGUGACCAGGAAGUUGUGCAGAUCCUUGUGCGCCAACUCCCCGCACGCUACGAUGUCGAGAAGCGCACUAGUCUUUCCAAGCGUGAUUUAACCCGCGCUGAGUUGCAGGACGUCGUGCGUGGUCGAUAUGCCACGCUCAAGGCCAGCGAGAUGAGGGAGCGAGGGUCGGCAGCUUUGACGCCGGCGGUUUCUGUCAACCCCCAUGCUCUUGUUGUGGGCCGUGGUUUUGGACACGGCGGCAACGGGGGGAGCGGGGGGGGCGGAGGCCAACGGCGGAAUGGCAACAACUGCGACGGCCGCGGGCAACACUGGUCCUCUGGGGGCGGUGUUGUCCAACAGCAACAGCCGCAGUUGCAGGUGCAGCAAUACCGGCAGCCGCAACAGCCGCAGCGACACAUGCAACAGCCGAACCAACAGCCGCAGCGGCAGGUGCAACAGUCGUACCCACAGCCGCAGCAGCAGAUGCGACAGCAGCAGCCGUACCAACAGCAGUCGCAGAUGCAGCCGUACCGGCAGUCGCAGCAGCAGCCGCAGCAGCAGCGGCAGCAGCAACAGCCCGCUUUGAACGGUGUUGGUGGCAACUACGAUUGCGGUAGUAACGCCGUGUAUCAUCAGCCGGAGUCACUACCUCCACCUGGCGCGCCGAUGGGCACAGUGCACAGAUGCGGCCGCUGUGGAAGGCACGGUCACCACGCCAUAGAUUGCGCCGCCCCCCGCAGGUUCGAGGGCACGUGCGGUGCAUGCGGCCAGUACGGUCACAUGUGGCGCAACUGUGCCAAGAGCAACCGGCACCCCCACCUCAACGUCGUCACUUCUGCUGGUGCCCUCGGUCCGGAGUACGCGUACACCGCCGCGGAUACAUCGGCCGUCCAAUUUCGUGAUGUCCCGGCGGCCGAUGGCGUAUACUACAGUGACACCAUGCUGGCCGGCGCUGGUGGCGGCGGCAACGGUGGUGGUGGUGCUGGCGGUGGCGGCAGCGGAGGUGGCAAUGGCGGUGGUGGCGGUGGAGCGAUCGUCCAGCAGCAGGUCGUGACACCGGGCGAGCCCUACUUUGAUUUUGUCGACAUUUUCCACGGCAGCGGUGGCGCGGAAGGUGAAAAUGGCGGCGGCAGCGGUGGUAGUGACGCGACGGGAGCGGGCCCUGAGGCGCUUGGCAACGGCGAGGGUACCUUCGGUGGCGGUCUCUUCGCGAUGCACCUUGUCUGUUCCGUUACCUCAUCCCCCCCCGUGCGCGAACCAUCCGACCUUUUCCCACAUCGCCCGGGUUCGACGGUCUUCCUUGGAGACACCGGCGCCGUAGUCCACGUGGUCCCUUCUGGGGAAAAGGUGUACAACAGGCGCCCGCCGCUCCCGGAGGAGCGACUACUCAUGCUUGGCGACGGUAAGCACAUCCCGGUAGAGUUUUUCGGUGACUUGGAUGUGAUCUGCCACUGCCCUGAGGACGUGCGCGUCACCCUGCAGAAUGUUGGUGUGGUACCGGGUUUGGCGCUAGAUAUUCUGUCGCUGAACAAGAUCCAGGAUCGCCAUGAGAUCAAGCUUAACCGGCAUGGAGCAUCGAUCUUGGGGGGGCGAGUGCGCAUGACAAAAUUCCCUCACGGGAAUUACAUCCAGGGGACUCGCGUUGAUCCACUGCCUCAACGCGACUCACCUCCUCAGCCCCCCGCGAUGGUUGCGGCGAUGCUACGGCCUGGCACGCAAUCCAGCAUCGACUACAACGCUCUUCACUGCUCCCUCGGUCAUGCCAAUUCCAAGACGCUGUACGAGACUGCCAAGCAGAUGGGUGUCAAGGUGACCGGCACUCCGGAGUACUGCGAUGGAUGUGCGGAGUUGAAGGCGAUCCAGCGCUCGGUCCCCAAGGUCAUCUCCCCCUCCCGCCGGACGACGCGGCCUGUUGAGCGUGUCGCGAUGAACCUAGCCGGUCCGUUCGGCCAAUCCAGCGGCGGUGCCAAGUACGUGAUGCAGAUCCUGGACCACCAUACCAACUACGGAUGGAUUUGCUUUCUGCGGGAAGAGAGCGGUACAAACGUGGUUGCGGCCUUUCGUGCGUGGUAUGCCUCCAUCAAAUCGCUCUUGGCUACUCACGGGGGGCUGGGCUGUGUUCUGACCGACAACGGCACGGAGUGGGUCAACGCGGAGUUUCGGGGGCUGCUGGCGGAGCUGAACAUUACGCGGGAGCUCACGGCGGUCGACGGGCCCAAGAGCAACGGUCGUGUGGAGCGGAGGAUUGCACUAGUGAUGGAGGGGGGCAAGGCUGCGUUUCUGGAGUUACCGAAGCUUUUCCCCGGAGUUAUGUUCUCGACCAAGGCGCUUUCCUUCCGGGCCAUCUGGCCCGAGGCCUUCGCGUCGAUGAACGACUCUCUGAACAUCGCAGCGGAGGUGAGCAAGGAAGACAAGCGGUGCCCGGAAGUUAAGCUGUACGGCAGGAG